GUUAGAUUUUAUCAUAAACUGACAUUCCUGGAUCGCUUCUCGGCCUUUUGGCUAGGAUCAAGUGUAGUACCUUCGGGGAAUCACGAGGUCUUGGCCAUUGGGUGCCUGGAGGGUGUGUGUCCUUAUAAGGGCACACUAUUCUGGGCAACGGGAGGCGGUCACCUACUCCGGUAAUACCCGAAGCCAAAGGGGAAACCGGGAGUGUAAGAGUUGACACGAGCUGUUGAGAGCGUGACACUAUGGAUUCGUUUGAAGAAGGAGUCCCAGCUUUUGCCAGAGUAAGGAACUCUGUUCGUGUGGUGACAGAGCCAUCGGUCGGAGAAGAAAGGAUGCGCUACAUCGUGGACGCCAUCCUGGGGGAUCUCGGCCAUGUCAGGAGAGAGGAGAUCCUGGCUAUUCAGGAUUACCCCAGGAGGGGUGUCUAUGAUGUCACCUUCGUUGGGGAAGGAGUGUUCACCAGUUUCUGGAGAAUCCUUUCGGAGAACCAGAAGGACGCUCGAUUAGUGGGAUACAAGAUCUUUCCACACUUCGAACAAGAAGAGGUGGUAUUGAUCAUCAAGUCCUAUUCGCCCAAUGUAAAGUUGAAAGAAGUGGAACUCGUAUUGGGUAAGUUUUGCGAAAAACUUACCUUUGUUGGCAGGAUUUUGAAUGGGCUUGGAAUUUGGACUUCAAAGUUCAGAUUUAAAGCCAAGUUCAAGAAAGAUGUGAAGCCGCCUGCAAGAUUUCAAUUAGGAACCUGGAGCCUGGACGUUUUUUUCAGUGGCAUGCCAGCCUUCUGUAAAAGAUGUCGAAUGUAUGGCCAUAAAGAGGAUGAGUGCACAGUAUGUCGGAAUUGUGGGGAAUCUUCCCAUGAUUCAAAGAACUGCAGACAACCAAAGAAGUGCAACCUGUGUUUUGAAAUUGACCAUCUGUAUGCCAACUGUCCAAAAAGAAGUGAAAAGCCUGAGAGGAACACAGAGGAAAGAAAGGAAGAUGACCCCAGUGAAUCUCAGGUAAAAGAAAUUCCAGUAGAACCUAUUGUCAAACCGCGAGUUAAAGAGGUUAAAUUGUCUGAAAAAGAGGAAAAAGUCAAAGUAAAGAGAAAGAAAAAACAAGAAGAGCCGUUACCUAAACAAGAACAUCCGGUGAGUUCAGCAGGAAAAUUGGUAAAACCAAGAGGACGUACAAGAGGGGAGAACUUGCAUCGCUAUUGGAGUGAUAGAACUGUCACAGAGCUUAAUGCGUAUAUCCAAUGCAUGACCGAUAAAGAAGAAAUUGCAGCAGUGACAAAAAUUAUCCAGGAAGGUGGAGGUGACGAGGUGAUAAGAGGAAAAGUGCUAGAGUACUUUAAGACUUUAAAGUGAGUAAUAUGUGUUAAAUAUGUUGUAAUAAAAUUGUUAUACUUUUAAUUCCGGGUUUUAUAAUGAUGGUGUAAAGUUAUGGUGGGUUUAUCCUACAAGUAACUUUAUUACUGAAAACCGGCAAUGGCUAAUUUGCCAUAGAGCCUAGGCAAAGGGAUAUGGCACUGACAGCUCUUGUCAUAGAAGGCUGUGGG